GUAACGGUUCUAAAGCAAAGAUUUGAUAUCGCGAAUUAAGUAAUACGUUUUGUUUACACUGAGUGUGAGAUACAAUAACAAAGAGUUCAUCAAAACAUUAAAGCAGUUAUUUUGGUAAAAGGUUUCUUAGAAUAACGGUCCAUUUUGGAAUAAGGAAAAGUACAGGAAUGUUGGAAGAAGUGACUAAAAACACAGCUAGGAAUAUUACAAAUGGCAUUUUACUACAAGUUUGUGAUUUGCAAAAAGUGGAGAAGUGCGACAAAUCUAAAGAAAAAGAAAAAGACGCUUCACCUGAAAAAAUGACGAAAAAGGAUAUCAAAGGUGCACCAAAUGCCGUUACCAUGUUCGCCUCGGAGUUCAUUGGCACGGGUCUUCUGAUGUUUAUAGGCUGCAUGGGAUGUGUUCCUGAAUUUGAUAAUCCUGCAGCAGUUCAUCACAUGGCAUCGUUAACGUUCGGAUUAGUAAUCCUGCUUAUCAUUCAGACAUUUGGUCACAUCUCAGGGGCUCACUUAAACCCCGCAGUCACAUUUGCAGCCGUUUUCAUGAAGCUCGUGUCACCAAUGAUGUCCAUAGUAUAUAUUGCAGCUCAAUUCUUAGGUGCUACUCUAGGUUUCGCCUUACUCAAAGUAUUAUUGCCUACUGACUUUUAUAAAGAUGGAUUUUGUAUGACGCUGCCACAUCCCAAAAUUACGGCAAUGCAAGCUUUAGCAAUAGAGACGAUUAUAAGUACAACCUUGAUAUUAAUUGUUUGUGCAGUUUGGGACAAAAGAAACGAGAAGAAUACAGACUCAACACCUUUGAGGUUUGCCUUAAUUAUCGCUGGGAUUUCUAUGGCCGCAGGUCCUUUAACUGGUGCUAGUAUGAAUACAGCAAGAACCUUUGCUCCAGCGUUACUUCUAGGAAAUUUCAAAGAUCAGUGGGUAUACUGGAUUGGUCCUAACAUUGGAGCAAUUCUAGGCUGUGGGAUAUACAAAGUUUUAUUUGCUCUACCAGAAGAAGAGGAACCACAAACUAGGGAUGAAGUUCUAAGCCUUCAAGACGUUAAAAGUGAAAAAUCAUAAGGUACAUAUUUAUGAUUUCAAGCAAGAAAUGUAUAAACAUUACUUCCAAGUUUUGGUACCAUAGUGAGCAGUUACUUGACAAAUAUUCUACAGAGUAUGAAAUGUUCUCUGUAAAAUAAUCCGAUUAAUAUAAUUUAUUGACACAAAAUGAUUAUUUUUAAACAUAUAAAAAGUAGAUCAAAAAUAACUGGACUUUUUAAGUUGUUAAUUUGUCAUAAAAUGAGAUUUUUUAUUAUUGAUGUUUUUUAUAUUCGUUAUCACAAAAUAAAACUGACUGAUGAAUGUAAUCGCAAUAAUAACCAGUUUUGCGGUAAUAGAAUACCUUGCUGUAUCAAUUAUCUGGUGAAAGAUCAGAUCUUUUAUUGAAGGAUCUUGUUUGUUUUGUCUGAUGUUGCUGACAAUAUCACUAACCCAGAGAUAAUGAUAAACCCUAAUUUACAACCAAUACGCUGUAUUCUCUUAUAAAUUAAGUUAUUCUACGCUGUUAUCGAACAUCCAAAAUUAAUUGUUUUAUCAGUCUUUAAGUAAUGUACAAACAAAAUUCCUCUCGCAUCCCAAAAAACUGAUGUGCACGAUCCUUCUUGGUUCGCACCAGGUUCACAACCACUAUUUCUCCUCUUGUUUUGAUUUAUGAUCAAAAACCAAGUCUCAUUCAUAGUGAUGGAUCGAGAAGCAAAAUUUACUUUAUCCUUAAGAACGCUGAGAAACUCGUAUUUGAAUGUGCUUUUGUUCCAUUGUUAGCGAAUACGACACCCAUUGUGAACACAGCUUUCUGAAACCCAAUCCUUCAGUCAAAAUAUUGCUUAAACUGCUCAAUGAAAUGUCUUUGCUUCUACUAAAUCUCUCAGUCACUCGACGAUUUUCCAAUACCAUAUUCUGUAUUUUUUUCUAUGAUUUCUGGUGUUGUUGUUUUUGGACACCCAAGAUAUGGCGCUCCAUAGCUCUCUGAGUUACGCGAAUCUUGUUCACUACCUUUUUUUGUGAGUGUUAAUGUUUCAGCUCCAAAAAUGAGUACAGGUAGCACACACUGCUCAAAGAUUUUCCUUUUGAGUCAUAUGGGUAAGUCUGAUUUAAAUACAUAGUUUAAUUUACCAAACGCUGCCCAGGCUAGGUUAAUCCUAUGCGACGUGGGGGCUCACAUGUCUGGUGAUCUCUGCCUAAUCGAAUUUCAUGUCCCAAUUACUUAUUAGAUGCGGUCUGCUCAAUAUUCAUCAACAACAAUAUUGCGAUUUAGCACCAGAUUAGCCAUUUCCUUUUCACAGUAGAUCUAUUGUAAGAUAUGCAUUUUUUAUAUAUUAUGUAAAUUUUAAUUUUUACAAAUCUGUUAAUGUGAUGUAGAGAAUACAGUUAGUAAAAUAAACUAGAAUACUUAGAGAUGGUGUUACUGACGACAAAUAAAAUUGAUUCAGUGGAGGGUCCCGUCAAAAAAAUCCUGUUAUUAUUCAUCCAUUCUAAUAUAGUAGGUUGUUUUGUAUAGAUAAGUUGAGUAUGCAUUUAAUUAUGACAAAAUGUCAUAUUGACAUUUUAGACUAAAAAAAAUAUACCAGAAAUUUACUAAAUUAUUUUAUAAUUUUGAUUUAGGUAAUUUAGUUUAUACAUAUCAUUUUAAACUUUAGAUAUUUUAUGUAACCAAAGCAAAACAACAUCUAGUGACACAUCCGAUAAGAUUUAUGAAUGAGAAACUUUUAAAUUUUGUUUAAAUUACAAAUCGUAGUUGAUGGAUUAACAAGUUGUUUAUAUUUUUAUUCGUAAUAACUAAAUACUGUAAUUGCCUUUUACCAUCUUAGGACUCUAAACUGUCACCUAAAGAGUACAUGAUAACUUUUUUUAGUCAAAUAUUAAACAAAUGUUUUGCAUUUUAAGGAACUAUUGAUAUGGGUAAAUACUUUAACGAUUUAACUAUACAUAGUAUCUAUAUAAUUUUAUAAAACUGGCAAUACAAUUUAGCUAAAAGUUACUUUCUGUUUUAUUUUAUUUUUGUUUUAUUGUUUAAAUUUUGUUAAAAGACUUCUAUAGUUUUUUAAUAUUUUUUUUUAUUUCAUUGUUAAAUUUUACUCAUGUACGUAUAUUGUCCAAUUAUUUUGGUGUUAAUAUAUUUAUUUCUAUAAAUCUAGUGCUAGUUGCAGAUAUAUUUAUUUUUUGAUAUAAUAUUAUAUAAAAAAUUUAUUUGUAAUUAAAAAAUAUUUGAAAACGA